AUGAACCCAGAUCCAAGAGAGAAUCCAGCCAGUCUCACACUACCCCGUGAAACAAAUGUCGGUCGCAAACGCUUUGCCGACUUUGAUCUCGCGGGAAAGACUUUUAUUGUUACAGGAGGCGCUCAAGGUCUUGGUCUCGCUCUUGCUGAGAGUCUGGUCGAGGCUGGCGGAAAGGUGUAUUCCCUGGAUCGUGCUGAGAAGCCUGACAAAGAUUGGGAAGAGGCCCAAAAGCGUGUCGUUCCAGAAUGGGGCGGUUCAUUGCACUAUCGCAAACAAGACGUUAAAGAUGUCGACGGUCUCGAUAAGCUCAUCACCUCAAUCGCAGAUGAGAACAGUGGUAUAGACGGCGUGAUUGCCGCCGCAGGAGUACAGCACAUUUCUCCCACUAUUGAAUACGAAGCCGAAGAGAUCGCCCACAUGCUCUCCAUCAACUACACAGGAGUCUUCAUGACAGCCAAGUUGACCGCAAAGCAAAUGCUCAAGUACAAGAAGCGUGGAAGCAUCUGUAUGAUCGCUAGUAUCUCUGGCCUUAAAGCGAACCGCGGUCUUAUUUCUCCAGUGUACAACUCGUCCAAAGCAGCAGUUAUCCAACUGGCGCGCAAUCUGGCCAUGGAGUGGAGUCCCGUACAAAAAGAUGGUACAGGAGGCAUUCGAGUGAACUGCAUUAGUCCAGGCCAUAUCAUGACGUCCAUGGUACAGAAGAACUUUGAGGAGGUGCCUGGGUUGAAGGAGGAGUGGGAGAGGGAGAUUAUGAUGGGGAGAUUGGCUGAAACUCAAGAGUUUAAGGGCGCUGCGUUGUUUUUGUUGAGCAAUGCGAGUAGUUACAUGACAGGGAGUAAUCUUGUGAUUGACGGAGGGCAUUCAUCAUGGUGA